CGAAGCAGCCCAGCAAGAAAAGUUGGCAAAAACACAGUAGUAGCCUUGAACGCCAUAUGCGGGAGCGCGAGUGUGUCAUCCAUCACUUUGAUGAUUGAUCAAUCCAUUUCCUUCUAAUGGAGGAGAAACAGAAGAAGCACUUAGCAAUGCUGGAACGCCUUUCCAAACGCACUCAAAUCCGUUCACAAAACCCCGAAUCUUCCUCCAUACUUUCACGCUUCUCCCAUCUAAAAACCUCCAUAGAGUCCCAACUCGCCCAAUCCCAAUCCAUUUCCUCAGACCCUUCCAACCUCAAACUCCACAUCAAUCAAAUCUCCCAAUCUAUCUCCGAUUUAGAAAAACUCGUCGCAGAAAACUCCUACUCCCUACCCUCCUACGACGUCAGAACCUCCCUCAAAACCGUCUCCGACUUAAAACACUCCCUCGACGACCUCACUUCCCAACUUCUCCCCAAAAAGAAAUUCUCAUUCAAAAAUAAACCCCCCACCACCACCACCAAGAAGGACGACAAGGAUAAGGAUUGCGCUAUUCCACUACCCAAACAACCCCCUCAACUCUCUACGCUCCUUGCGCCGCGUGACUCGCCGGGGUUCCGAAACAAAACCGGUGAGCUUUUAAUUGCGGACUUCAGUGAUUCCGAAGUUGGGGAAUUCACCGUUUCGGAUCUCGAUUCCUGCCAAGUGAGGAUAAUAGGUUCUGUGAGGGCGCUUUUCGUUCACGGGUUGAAGAAUUCUAGGGUUUACGUGGGCCCCGUGACGGGGUCCGUUCUCAUUGAGGAAGCGGUGGGUUGCGUGUUCGCGUUGGCGUCGCAUCAGAUUCGGAUUCACGGUGCCAAAAGAAGCGAUUUCUACCUUAGGGUUAGGAGCAGGCCCAUAAUUGAGGACUGUAGCGGCGUCAGGUUUGCGCCGUAUUGUUUGAGAUAUGAAGGGAUUGAGGAGGAUCUUCGUGGUACCGGUCUUGACGCCGAGACCGGAAAUUGGAGCAAUGUGGAUGAUUUCCGGUGGCUGCGCGCGGUGCAGUCUCCGAAUUGGUCGGUUUUGCCUGAGAAUGAGAGGGUUGGGACUGUUGAGAUAUCCGAUUUGAAAAAUGGGGACGAGGAGAUUUGAUUUGAGUCUCAACAUUGCUUCCUUCUUUGUUUCUUUUAUGUGUGAUUGGGCUGUUACUGAGUCUAGGUUCUUUAAAAUCAAAGAUGGAAUUUUGCUCAAUAGUUGACGAUGUAGACACAAGACAAUGGUGUGAUGUUGAAGAUGUUUCAUUGCACUUGGAUGAAAGUAUGAAGAAAUUCAGUACGAUGAUGUUAAUUUAUUAUAUGAAGACUUCUAAUGUUAUGCUAGUUUUAUUAUUUAUAUUGUUUAAUACUAUAAUAUUAAAGUGUACUUGGAUAUUUCUUGGAUGCUUUUA